AUUUUUCUUCUGAAACGGUCAUCGCGGCGGCGAUAGAUAUACCUUCCGCCUCGUCGGCUCUUAACCUUUCAAUCUCUCUCUAGAGAUGCGUGCUGUAGCGUGCGUCGAUACUGGUUACGUUUUCUCCGACGAUGGCUCUCUCCCCACCGUCGCUGACGCGUUUAUCCCGGCCUCACCAACUUCUUCUCGUUGGAGUCCCUCUCUCUCGGCCUCUCUUUAUCGUAUCGACGGUUGGGGAGCUCCUUACUUCGCCGCCAACUCUUCCGGUAACAUCUCCGUUCGUCCUCAUGGCGAUGAGACUCUGCCUCACCAAGACAUCGACCUGAUGAAAGUCGUUAAGAACGUAAUGGUUCCCAAAUCCUCCGGUGGUUUAGGGUUGCAGCUCCCUCUCAUCGUGCGGUUCCCUGACGUGUUGAAGAACAGGCUCGAGUGUCUCCAGUCCGCGUUCGAUUCCGCGGUUAAGAGUCAAGGGUACGGUUCUCAUUACCAGGGCGUUUUUCCGGUUAAAUGCAACCAGGACCGGUUCAUUGUGGAGGAUAUCGUGAAUUUCGGUUCUCCUUUCCGGUUUGGUUUGGAAGCUGGUUCUAAACCGGAGAUCCUUCUAGCUAUGAGCUGCUUGUGUAAAGGCAACCCCGACGCCUUUCUCGUCUGUAACGGCUUCAAAGACGCUGAGUAUGUUUCAUUGGCUCUCCUCGGGAGAAAGCUUGCGUUCAACACUAUGAUUGUUCUCGAGCAAGAACAUGAGCUUGAUCUUGUUAUCAACCUUAGCCAGAAGAUGAACGUGAGGCCUCUCAUUGGUCUACGAGCUAAGCUGAGAACCAAACAAUCUAAUCAUUACGGCUCAUAUUCAGGUGAAAAGGGCAAGUUUGGAUUGACUAGUACUCAGAUUGUUAGUGUCGUGGCGAAGCUUAGCGAGUCUGGUAUGCUUGACUGUCUCCAGCUCUUGCAUUUUCACAUUGGCUCAAUGAUUCCAUCGUCUUCGUUGCUAUCUCAAGGUGUCUCCGAAGCUGCUCAGAUUUACUGUGAGCUUGUGCGUCUUGGCGCACAUAUGAAAAUUAUUGAUGUUGGUGGUGGUUUGGGGAUAGACUACGACGGGUCUAAGUCUGGAGAACCUGAUCAGUCUGUUACUUAUACACUAGAGGAGUAUGCUGAAGCUGUUGUAGCUUCCAUCAGGCUAUAGGCGGGUCUGAUCCGGUUCAGACUUACAACAUGAACCUAUCGAUUUUCACUUCGACCCCUGACCAUGGGACAGCUGUUUCCUAUCGUUCCUAUCCAUAAGCUCGACCAAAAGCCCGGGGCUCGUGGGGUCUUGUCUGAUUUAACGUGUGACAGUGAUGGGAAGAUCGUUAAGUUCAUAGGCGGCGAGUCUAGCUUGCCGUUGCACGAGAUAGACAGUUAUGGAGGUGGAGGAAGGUACUUAUUGGGUCUAUUCCUUGGAGGGUCUUAUGAGGAGACUAUGGGUGGAGUCCAUAAUCUAUUUGGCGGGCCAAGCGUUGUCCGUGUCUCGCAGAGCGAUGGACCACAUAGCUUUGUAGUGACCAGAGCCGUGUCUGCCCAGUCCUCUUCUGAUGUUCUCUUAGCAGUGCAGCAUGAGCCCGAGAUAAUGCUUCAGACACUAAAGCACCGAGCAGAGGAAGUGAUGCAUACCAAAGGAAGUGGUGAAGAAGAUGAGAAUGAGUACAAGAACGUGGCUGCUUGUCUCGACCGUUCGUUCCACAACAUGCCGUAUCUCGCGACCGAGGAGGGCAUCAGUGAGUAACCAACCACUCUCUUUCAGCUGCGAUCAAUAACUUUGGCUUUUAGCACUUCGACGAUGACGGCUUUGACUACCUAUGAGUGUGAGAAAGGUGGACGUUUAGUUUGUUUUUGCAGUUUAAUUUUCAUUUUAAGUUUCUUCAAUAAAUUAUUGGAAUAAUCAAAUGACGAGAUCCAUCGUUGUAUUUGUUUGAAUUGUAAAAUUCAGAUUUUUUUUAUCUUAUUUUAUUUAUCAAAAACAUCAACAUUAAAUAUAAA